CGCCCCCCUCCCCCGCGCUUCGGCUCCCGCAUCCCUCCAUCCAAGCCUGUGCCGCAGCCGCAUCGCCACCGCAGCCCCGGCAGAGCCGAGCCCGGCCCAGGCCCCUGCCCCUGCCCGGCCCUCGGCCCGCCGCCCCUGGCUCCGCCCCCGCCCACGAGCCACCCCUAGCGGCUCCGGUGCCCCCCGGCGCCCCUAGACCCCGGCCUCCAGCACCGAGGCAGGAGGCAGGGAGCAGCAGCAGAGGCAGGAGGACGAGGAGGAGGAGGAGGAGCCGUCGCAGGAUGAAGGAUCGGACUCAGGAGCUGCGGAGUGCGAAAGACAGUGAUGAUGAGGAGGAGGUGGUCCAUGUGGAUCGGGACCACUUUAUGGAUGAGUUCUUUGAACAGGUGGAAGAGAUCCGGGGCUGCAUUGAGAAGCUGUCGGAGGAUGUGGAGCAAGUGAAAAAACAGCACAGUGCCAUCCUGGCUGCCCCCAACCCAGAUGAGAAAACCAAACAGGAGCUGGAGGACCUCACUGCAGACAUCAAGAAGACGGCCAACAAGGUUCGGUCCAAGUUGAAAGCGAUCGAGCAAAGCAUUGAACAGGAGGAGGGGCUGAACCGUUCCUCCGCGGACCUGCGCAUCCGCAAGACCCAGCACUCCACGCUCUCCCGGAAGUUCGUGGAAGUAAUGACCGAAUAUAACGCGACCCAGUCCAAGUACCGGGACCGAUGCAAGGACAGGAUCCAGCGGCAGCUGGAGAUCACCGGAAGGACCACGACCAACGAAGAACUGGAAGAUAUGCUGGAGAGCGGGAAGUUGGCCAUCUUCACCGAUGAUAUCAAAAUGGACUCGCAGAUGACGAAGCAGGCACUGAAUGAGAUCGAGACGAGGCACAACGAGAUCAUCAAACUGGAAACCAGCAUCCGUGAGCUGCAUGACAUGUUUGUGGACAUGGCCAUGCUCGUGGAAAGCCAGGGUGAGAUGAUUGACCGCAUUGAGUACAACGUGGAACAUUCCGUGGACUAUGUGGAGCGAGCUGUGUCUGACACCAAGAAAGCUGUGAAAUAUCAGAGCAAGGCCCGGAGGAAGAAAAUCAUGAUCAUCAUUUGCUGUGUGGUGCUGGGGGUGGUCUUGGCGUCAUCCAUUGGGGGAACGCUGGGCUUGUAGGCCCCCCACCCCAUCUCUCCCAGACCCAUCCCCCACCACAUCGGGAGCAAUACCCCCACCAGUCCUUUCACUCCAUCCCCUACUCCAGGCUCACCCCCAAGACAGACCCAGACAGUCCCCCUUCACCCCCAUUAGACCCUGGAGUCCCUGGACCUCAGCCUGCCACGGACCACCCCCGGCCCCCGCACGUAGAUAGCAGCAGGCGUGACUACACAUGCACACCAACAUGCAUGCUGCCGGCACAUGCUUGAGACGUGUGGGCACCCCAGUGUGUGUGUGUAUGUGUGCAGAUGUGUGUAGAAGCACCAAAUCACACUUCAUGCCCCCCACCUGGAGCCUGUGUGCUGUCUGAGCUUCCUCCCUUCACUUGGGUGGUUGUGUAGACUGUGGCUGAGUACAACACAGCAGCCCACCAGGCCCCACUCUGUCUUCUGUGAAUAGGUGUGUGUGUGUGUGGCACAGAUCUGUGGACACAAUUUGUGUGCACGGAAUUUUGUGUUCGAGUGUUUAAAUCUAAUGCAAC